AGUAGGCAAUUAGGUAGGUAAUUAAUUUAGAGCAACAAAACCAACUAUAGUAACCUCUGAUUCAGUUUCCAAUUACUAUUAUCUGAGUAAUGUUUGAUUAUUAAAUUCACAUCGCAGAUUAGAAUAUUAAAAGUUUAUAAGUCAUUAUCCAAUUUUAUGUAACUGUUGAAGUAUGUAAUAUUAGCCAUGUAUACAACAUAUUAAAAAGUGUGUUAAAAGUUAUAAACAUUUGUGCAUUUUUAUUGUUUUACUUUUGCUAAUUUUUUUUUUUUGUUUUUUAUUAUUUACUGUAAUUAACAUUGGUCAUAGACUACAGGAUGAAUGGAACCAUGGGAUGAAUAAGAUUAAAUAUAUGUAUCAAUUAUUAAAGUAAAUCACAAUAGUACUUGAAAUUUAGGUUGACAUUGGACCGUCUCCACUAAGAAUCGUUUUUCAUGUGUAAUUUUUUAUCAUAAAUUCAAAUUUAAUAUAUCAAUAUUACAGUCACCUAUACUCGUAACCAGCAAAAUUGACUUACCUAGAUUUUCAUCAUUGAAACAGCAUUUUUACAAUGGACCGGAGGCUAAUGAAUAUAAGCAUAUUAGGCUUAGGAUUUAUGUUUGUAUUUACAUCUUUUUUGACCGUGAGCAAUAUCGAGAAAACCGUAUUGAAAAGUAUUGAAAAAGAAGACCCCUCAUUUACUGGCGAUGGGUACACGAGUUUGUGUAUCAUAUAUGGCGUAUUUGCUCUAUGCAGUUGGUUGGCCCCGGCAAUAAUUGGCAUGAUUGGUAGCCGGAAAGCUAUUUACUUGGGAUCUAUAUCUUACGUAACAUUUUUGUUGCCGUUCUUCUGGCCAUCCAACAUUCUCUUGUACACCAUGUCUGUAUUUCUGGGUUUCGGUGCAUCAAUUAUUUGGACAGGACAGGCCACUUACUUGACCCUGAAUUCGGACGACAAGACCAUAUCUAGAAAUUCAGGAAUAUUUUGGGCCAUGUCGAAAAUAAGCAUAUGUAUCGGAAAUGUCUUUGUGAUAUUGGUGCUCCGUGACAAGACUGAGUUGAACGAAUCCGUCAGAAUGUUGGUGUUUACUGUGUUGGUAGUAGUGUGUGGUUUUGGUACUCUGAUACUGAUGGUCUUACGCCCGUCCUUUGACGCUAAAGGGAAGGAAAACGAAGUUUAUCUACGGAAAUCAAAUAGUAUAAUUCCGAAACAAAAACUCAAGGAUUCAAUGAGGCUUUUGAUGACUAAAGACAUGCUUUUACUAAGCACAUUGUUUUUGUAUACCGGUCUGCACGUAUCAUUGUACAGUGGUGUAUACAGUUCGUGUAUUGCGUUCACAAAGUCUAUGAGCACUAAUUCCAAACAACUGUUAGGUUACACAGGAAUAUUUGUCGGAGUCGGUGAAGUUGCAGGUGGUUUAUUAUGCAGCGUUUUGGGUAAAAAGUCUGCAAGAUCCGAUUUAAAGUUCAGUGGUUUAAGUCGUUCGACCGUAAUAAUUAUCAGUUUUUUCAUCAACAUUGCAGCGUACGGCUUGAUUUUUAUAAAUCUACCAAAUGAUUCUCCGUUCGGCGAUUCUUACACCAAAUCGUUUAUCAAACCUAAUCAAUACUUGGCUGUAUUUUGCGGUUUCCUCUUGGGUUUAGGAGACAGUGGUUUUACCACGCAAAUAUAUAAUAUCAUCGGUGUGAAAUACUCUGAUGACAGUGCUUCCGCCAUGUCUUUGUUCAUGUUUAUGCAGGCAAUGUCAGCAGCUAUAAGCUUUUUUUACAGUAAUCAGUUUGGACUCUAUGUACAACUUAUCAUAUUGGCAAUCGUAAUGACCAUUGGUACUUUAUCAUUUCUCGUAGUGGACAAAUUUAUUUUCAUUUAAAUAUAAGAAUAAGAACAAGGAUAGUUUUUAAAUGUAAACACGUUACUCAUGCUUAACUUUAUUAAUAAUAUUAUAAAAUACUUAUUGACUGAUUGUAUUAUUUGUAUUUUAA